AUGCCUCGCAUCACCUGGAUUGGACUGGGAAGCAUUGGCGAGGCCAUCUGCACCAAUCUCGCGCACCAUGCGGCGCUGGAGAGGCCUCUGCUGUUGUGGAACCGCACCCGGGAAAAGGCAGAGCGGCUGGCGGCUGCGACCCAAAUGAUGAACGUGGCGUAUUCGCUCGAAGAGGCCGUCUCGAAAGCGGACAUUGUCUGCCUCUGCCUGGCCGACGAUGCAGCUGUGGCAAGUGUUGUCGAGGCGGCGGCGCUGGCGUCUGUGUCGGGCAAGUUGUUUGUCGACUUGUCGACUGUGCAUCCGGAUACCAAUCAGGCUCAGGCGGACAGGUUUCAGAGUCUCGGAGCGAUGUAUAUCGCCUGCCCUAUUUUCGGGGGUGUGGCCAUGGCUAUUGAGAGACAGAUAACUCUUGUCCUCGCCGGUCCCUCUGACGCCAUUGCCCGAUUCGAGCCGUUUACAAAAGGCGUAAUAUGCAAAGACGUCAUCAAACUCGCCGACCAGCCGCUGCGCGAGGCCGGCAUGCUCAAGCUCGUCGGCAACUUUGUCCGGUUCUCCGCCAUUGAAGUGCUCUGCGAAGCCAGCGUCCUCUCGGAAAAGAUUGGCCUGCCCAAGGAGACGCUGGCCAAGUUUGUCGGCGCCUUGAUUCCGGGCCCGAGCGCGGGUCAGCUCGCGAUGCUGCACGCGGGCGCGUAUAGUGACCUCACCACGAAUAUUGCGCCGAUUAGCAUGGCUCUCAAGGAAAACGGCUACUUGAAUGACCUCGCGAAGCAAAACGGGGUCAGACUGCGCACGCUCGAUACAGUGACGGCGCAUGCGGAGCGCGUAAAUGAAAUGAGAGGACCAGACGCCAAGUUGCUUGCUAUUUACGGCUCGAUUCGAGAAGAGAAUGGCCUGUCGUUUGACAAUCACAAACUAGAGCCUCUUAUCGAUCGGCCAGGAAAGCUGUCUCAAAGCCAAACCUUGACUCAAUCGCCGACGAGCGUCCUUGGCGCACAUGGCAGAGCUCUGAACGAGCCUGGAAGAAUUGUGGCGCCAGAGUUUAGGUUCGGCGCCACCGUCGGCCAACGGGCUUCUCGACGGCAGGCCCGUUCGGGGGGCUCGGGCCCGACUCCGCAAGGCUGA